UAGGUCCCAUCAUUUCCCUUUAUAAUCCGUGUAGUCAGCCCACAGUUUUGAAUACAUUUCGAGGCUGUUGGGGAAGGCCUAGUGGCUUCUUAUCAUCAACUCAUGGACGCGGAUGUGCCGUUUCCUUCGCCAUUGUUUUCGCGUGUUACGAGAGCUCAGGUAGUCUCACGACGCACUUGGUUGGACGAUGAUACCGAUUCCUCUUCAGAUUCGGACUCUGCAGUGCCAGCGUCGAUUCCUCGUCGAAGAUCCUGUUUAGUUCAAGCACGAAUGAGAGAAGAGGAGGUUGACUAUUUCCAAACACCAUCGGUUCCAAUAAAGAGUCCAUUAAGAAGAAGCUCCGUAAACUCCACGAAUCAUCCAAAGACUGUAUCUAGUACACCAAAUCCCACUGCAAAAUACUCUGAUGCGCCAGAACCACGGAACUUCUCACAUCCCUUUAGCGUCGACUCUCAAAAACACACGCCGAGAGACCGAUUUCUGGAUAGCACAAAAUCCGGUACAACUACACAGCGCGGUCCUCUAUCAAAUCGAAAGCCAUCUACAAGACCUUCUCCAUCACGGCAGGGCACCCGUCUACCAUUGCAUUUGCAACGAUGCAGUUCGCUAGAGACGAUUGUGUCGGUGAAUACUCAACGCUCAGCGAGAGAUACCACACCCCGGGGCAGUUAUGAAACCGCCGCUGCUAGCCACUCGACUUCUGAAGAGGAGUACUCUUCACCGACGCUCUACAAUUUGUCUGUGCCCCAAGGGUCUCCUUCUAUACGAUCAUCCGAGGGCAGUACACAGCCUUCAAACCAGGCAUCUUCACCAACAAGAUCGACCCUUCGAAGUCCCUCAUCAUCUUCUAUAAUACAAAGGCUAAAGCCGAAGAAGUUUAGAGAACCACUGGUAGAACCGGAACAUCUCGAGAUCGCUCGCACUGUGUCCCUGGAUCAAGUCUCACACCGAACCUCCUCGUCUAGCUCUAUCUUGACGAUUUCUUCCAGCAGACCUUCCGACAUCUAUCCUGCAGCAUCGACAUCGACAUCCACGAGUAAUAGGUCGCAAGACAGUCACGAUUGGAAGGCCAGUGACUUUGAUACAAGCAAACUGAGCGAGGCUGAGCUGAAGAAAUGCAAGAAGAAGGGUAUUAAUCCAGCAUUGUACGCUGAGAUGAAAGCAGCGAGGAAGGGGAAAUGGAUGAGCCCAAUAGGAGGUAACGCUGUGUUGUAAGAAUUAUCCUAUGGCUAGAAGGCAUAUCUGCUUGCAUAGCACUCUUGAGGCAAUUCGGCGGUAUGAAUGGUAACCAUCCACAAUGAAGACUACAACCUCUCAAAAGUGAAGCAAAAAUUGGAUUCGAAAAUGGUUC